AUGAAGGGAAUCAUAGGAGCACCCUACAGGGCACGUUGUGAUGGUUUGACCGUCACAGAUGUGUCCUGGUUUCCGUACAUGGAGCAUCGGGGGGUUAGGGCGUUUCAGGAGAUUUCAUCUUUCCAGGGUCAGCUGAGAUGGGGUCUUAUGGUCGUCACAGCUCGACCGGAGAGGGUGGGAUCUGCGGAUUACAUGGAGUGGUUUUUCCGCAUAUCUCACCCAUUUAUGAUACCGAGCCAAGCAGGUGACCAACAGAGGGAUGCACCAGCUGCAGACCCUGAGGACUACAUACAUCCGCCUAGCUCCUAG